ACAUGUGAAUUAGGUUAGGGUUAUGUUAGGUGAAUAAACUUUUGUUUGGGAUUUGUUUAUUCUAUAUUUUUAUUAUUUAUAUUAUACUUUUAUUAUUGGAUGAUUGAAUAUAUUGAUGAAAAAUAUCGAAGAAAUCCCCCGACAAACCCUAGCAGAAAAAUCUUGAGUAUGUGAAUCUCCUGAAACAACAAAGUAACCUGAUGAUAUGGUUACUAAUCUGAGUGAACUGCAUUUUUGGACUACCCAAGAAGAUGUGGCUAUUAAAGAUAUUGACUAUGGAUCUUUCAAGUACUAUUCAAAGAAAGAGGGGAAUGAAACACUAGCCAGGCAGAGCAAGAAACUUUACUGUGAACAACGAGGAUUGUUGUGGAACUUACCAAACAAAAGGCCCCAGAGGUUGAGAGACAGGCUGAAAGAACUUGAAGAGUUCCUCAUUCAUAACAGGAUAGUGUCUUACACAUGGGAGGAAUCUAAACUCUGCUUGUUACUUUCAACAGGAUUAUUGGUGAAUCUGACAAUAAAUCACAGAACAGGAGACCUGACCAAUAUCUCUUUUGAUAAACAGUUAUCUGGAAGACUUCAGGUCAAUAUAAUUUGUGAUGGUGUGGUAUUCGGCAACCACGUGAUCUGCGUGUGCAACGACGGUCACGUGCUGGGAUAUGGCGGCCAAUGGAGGGACGGCUGGGUAUUGGAAGGGGGCCCCAGAAGGAAGCUCAACUAUCACGGGGAAUGGUUGGCUGUGUGGGGAAAAGCUGGAGCUGAACACCCGCAACCUUGGAGUCCACUGGCUAAAGACCACCAGAGGGCCAAUUUGCAUCUCUACUGGAUCGGAGUUAGAGAUCCGGAAUUGCUGGCGUAUAAAAAAACCGAUGGAGAACCUCUUCAAGUUGUCGUCAGCAAAUUCAGACAUCGGACAUUGAUCGUUAUUGAACAAAGAGUCACUCAGAGAGGUGCAGUGUCUGUCGAGCUGAGCAACUUCGAGCUGGUCGGUAGUAACUUGAAAAGGAUUUCGGUAACCUCGGUACCUCUUCAAACCCAGAUCAGCUGCUCUGCUCUGAACGAGCAAGAAGAUCGUCUUCUGAUAUGUUGCAUUGAUGGUUCGUUGGCUUUGUUGGAUUGUAACAGGGGGUCGACCAGAACGGUCAAAGCAGCGUUCAUCCCCACCUUGAUGGCGUGGCACAAAGAUGGCGCCGUGGUCGCCGUGGCCAAUGAGAGAGGUCAACUGCAGUACUUCGACACAGCCUUGAGCUGCGUCAAAAGCCAGUUCCUGAACGAAGAUGGCGCCCCGGCGGCCAUCUUGAACCUUUCCGGAUAUUUCACGGCGGAUUUCAGUGUGGCUUCGAUCAACUGGGGAUCCAAGGACUUGAUUGUAUCUUUCGAACAAGCGUCGUAUGAAUUAUCUGACCUCUAUACUAAUCUAAUACCUAAUGAAAACUACAUCUAUACUAAUCUGAUACCUUCCAAAAACUACGUACCUCACUUGUUUAAACACAUCCGAGAUGGACAAGGCCAUCAACCUGUUGCUCAGUCGCGAAUUCGAGAUAGAAGCCUUCUCGGCCCUGCAAAAGGUCGUAGGCUGUCUGAUGAGACGGCCGCUGACGGAAAAGAUAGGCCUCUCGCCAUUCUGACCCACAUCGACAAAUCUACGAAUUUCACUGCCCUGAUCCGCGCUUAUUUAAACACCGACGAGACGGACAAGGCCAUCAACCUGUUGCUUAGCCGCGAAUUCGAGACACAAGCCUUCUCGGCCCUGCAAAAGGUCGUAGGCUGUCUGAUGAGGCGACCUCUGACGGCAGAGAACGCCCGGCAGCUGCAGAAGGCCCUUGGCAGCUACCACAACAGCCCGGUGCCUGUCAAGGCGCAGGUGCGACAUCGCUACGGCAAUCAGGUUGUCUCUCUGACCAGGCGAUUUUUCCACCAGCUGGUCAGGGCGGAAAUGUUCGAAACCGCUUUUCUUCUGGCAGUGGAUGUCGGCCACCACGACCUCUUCAUGGACCUCCAUUACAUUGCCAUGGAAAUCGGGGAAACGGAAAUGGCGGCCGCAGCCAGGGCGCAAGCCUCGGCCUUAUUGAGCAGGUGUUCAAGCGAAGCUUCAAACUGUUCACGAUCAUCUUGCUCCCAAUGCUCAGAGACAGAAAGCAGCUCGAGCGAGGACUUUGAUUCGUCGACCAACAGCAAAGAACUACCAAAACCUCACGGUCCUUACCACCCUUCGAACUCCGACAACUUUCUUACCACCGAUUUCAGCCAACCCGAUCCCACGACAAAGGAAACUCGAGUAAUUUCUGAGACAAAUCAGAAUACUGAGUACUUCAGAGCGAAUUACGCGCCGCGAGCUACUUACGUCAAGUGCCCACAAGUGCCCAGUAGUUUCAUUAAAGUUAGUGCGAAUGUUUUACCUCCGCCCUUACCUUAUUCCUCGCCCUUCACUGGCCCUAGUGCCCGUUUUCCGGGAAAUUCCGGGGAUUCAGUCAGUGCAAAACCCUUCCAUAACGACCAUAGUGUGCCUAAGAACUCCGCACACGAUUCCAAACGUCCCAAAGUGUUGACUCCACCUUUGCCGCAAAUCACACCCGGCCAACUGGAUCUGAUAAACUUUGAUCUGCCCUUCGGUGUGCCGCAAGAAAACGCCAAGAAAAACCAGGCGAAAGUGAAGUUUUCCGAUACGGUUACCGCUUUCAUUGUGCCGGAGGUGAAAAGGCCUCAAAGGCCGGUGCCACCCGCUCACGUGACCGAUCCGCGGAGGGAGUUGGCCGACAGUUUGCCUCUCUGUCACCCCAACGAGGACUACUUGAAGGAUUUCGCGCCUGUGAGGAGGGAUGAGGGAGUUGAGGAGGGCGAGGGAGGGCCCAAGAUCAAGGUGGUUCAUUUCGGGGUCGUUUGAGACGGGGUGGAUUUCAUUUCAUGUAAAAAAAUUAGAAACGAUGAAUUUCCACGAAAUUCUUAAUAGCAGGACAUGUUCUGCUAACAUUGCCGUACAGUAGUAGCUUCGUAAAGUGAAAUACUGGUACAAUAAACUAAACUCACAUUGUCCUGCCAAACUUUCAUUCCGUACUUUCCGAGCCUAAAGGAUUAAAAUUAGCUGUGGAAAGGUUGGUUAAGCCUUCAUUUUCGAAAAGUACGCAUAAGCUAACUAUUCUUGUAGGUACAUACAUCGAAUAGCAAUGUAGAUUAUGCGUACUUUCCGAAAAUGAAGGCUCAACCAGUUUCCACAGGUAAUUUUAAUCCUUCCGGUCCGGAAAGUAUGAUAUAAAAGUUUGUUGAGUCAAUGUAAGUUAUGUUUAAGGUACCAGUAUUUCACAUGAAGAAUAAGCUGCUGUGAUACCGUGUGAUUAAGAAUUCUGUGGAAAUGUUAUCGUUUGUGAAGUAUUUUUCACAUUUACUGUAGAUUUCCAUCAACGGCCAAGAAAUUGAAAAAACAGGAUUUUGUUUCGUUCACUAUGGACAAGUUCAUUUUGGUGUGGAACAAAUGGCCAAAGUGGAGAUUCUCGUUUGAAAUUCAUGUUUAUUCAUUGCCAUCCAGUGUGGAUUUCAUACUAUUAUCAAUUGUUACAUAAAUUCAUUACUUCACGUUUUGUCAGCUGAAAUUAUGCAAUCAGUGGAUAUCUUUUCUUGAUGAUUAAUAAUGACAAUCAAUAUUCAAUGCGGAAAAGUGCGACCAGUGGAAAACAGUAUUAUACUCAACGAAAUGAAUAAUAUUUACUUCAGAAACUGAAACUUUACAAAUAUUAUACGAUAUAUUUAGAUUACUAAGUUUUUGGAUUUUUUUAUGCAAACUUUUCCAUGGCAUUUUCAGAAUGCAGCUCUUCAGCAGGAAUGUAUUUCAAGGCAUUUCUUGAUAACCCGUUUUAACUUCUUCUGUUCAUUUAUUGUUUGCCAUUUCUAGAAUGCACACCACCUUCCUUUUUACUCAUAUUCCAAUUGGAUAUCUUGUAACAAUUCUAAUUUCCAUAUUUGCCGACGAUUGUUCAGACUAGCUAUGAAAUAUUGAGUUAUGUGGGUUAUUAUCAUUUGUUUCAUUGUUCCGGUAUUAGUUGUAAAAUCACUAUCUUCUACUGUUGAAAAUCGAGUGAGUUAAAAAAUAAAUUCAGCGAAGUGGUAUGUAUAGAUAACUAGAGAUUCAUCAUGAUAUUAUCUCGGAUAUUUUACUAAGGAUAUUAUUUUAUAUACCUAUUUAUAUACUUAAUUUAAUUUUGAUAAUAAAUUUU